ACAAACGUUGCAUCGAACAGCUGUAGUAAAUCGGUGUAAACAAAUCAAAAGCGCAUAGAACAAUUUCUAAAUAAUGCAAAUUUUGCAACGUUUACGUUGGUUCCCGCCAAUUUCAGUGAACAACUAUUUUCGUUAUUACGCAAAAAAAUCGAAACCCGCCAUGACAAGCAGCCGACGCAUGGUGCAACAGGAAUUUCUGCAUUAUGUAAACCCCUAUGCACGCAUUAAUGUUAAGUCUGACAUAUUCCUCAAAGUGGAGCCUGUCGAUGUUCAUGUGCACACCAGUGGCGAUGUUUUCAUAGCCCAACUGCUUGGCGAAGCGACACACAACUGCAACGCCAAACUAGAUGUGAAUGUUAGCGAUGACGACAAGGUCGUCAAUGUGCUGGUCACGAAGCUAACAACCCAAGCUGGCCGUUCCAGAUGCUAUUUAAAGAUUCCCGUGCGUGCCGAAGUUCACGUCGAUGGCGGAGCAAAAGUAUUUGUACAGUCCAUACAGGGCGAGGCACUGCAGGUCAGGGCAGCUGAGGGCAUAACAACAAAGAAUGUGCGCGCCACAAAUAUUUCGCUUUUUAGCGAAAAUGGUGACAUCGUCUGCGAGGGAACACUUCUGGGCAAAAGCACCGAAAUCGAAACCCAUAUUGGUAACAUUGUUCUGGAUAAGCUGCAGGGCGACAGCUUGAAGUGUUCCACAAAGGCGGGCAGCAUCAAGACCGACUGUUGCUAUGUGGAGAACUCCAAGUUUGAGACCACAACUGGACAAAUGGAACUAAAAAAUGUACACAAGACAAGCGAAGUACAUGUACACGAUGCGGGAGAUUUGAAAAUGACUGGCGUCCAUGGAAAUCUGAGUGUGAAUUCCAAAGGCGGUAAUUUAAGUCUGCAACUAUCCGAGCUGACUGGCAAAAGCCAGAUUGUUGCCCAGAAUCUGGCCAACGAGGCAGUUAUCAAUAUCUCCGAAGCUAUUGAAACCAACAUCAAUAUUGAGGUAAAGGCUUCUCAGGUCAAUCUGGACAAUGAGUUGGAGCAUGUCUCCCACGCGCUGAGCAAUGACAAGAGCAUAUUUCAGUUGAAAAAUAAUAAUGAGCAUCAGCUGCUCAUCAGCAGCACGGGCAAGAGCGGUGUGCGUCUGGGCAAGCAGUCCUGGAUGGAUAUAAUGCGUCAAACAAUAAAUAUCAAUGACAAAUCCUAAGUCUA